AUGGUGACAGGCUGUCACGAUGGAGGAGUAAUCCAAGCAAACAAAAGAACCUUAUCAAAACUUUGGAAUGCUUGCAAACAUGGAGAUGUUAAAACAGUCGAACGCUUAGCAAUCAAAAAAGCUGGUGCUAACGCAAAGGCUCAUGGCAUGGCUCUCAUUCACAUAGCUGCCAGAUAUGGUAACACCAAUACUGUCAGGUAUUUGCUCUCCUUAGGGGCCAAUGUUAACGCGGUGGACGAAGAAGGUUGGACAGCUCUUCACUGGGCUAGUGCUGGCGGACAUGUAACUGUUAUGCAACUUUUGUUGGUUCAUGGUACGGAUCCCAACGUAAAAGCCAAAACGGGUGCUACCCCUUUACAUCUCGCUGCAUCAAACGGCCAUGAAAACGCUGUGAACCUUCUCCUUACACUCGGCUGCGACGGAAAUGUAGUGGAUGGCAAUGGCAGGAACUCGAUGUUUCUUGCAAGCAGAGGCGGCCAUGUUCCUGUAAUAGAAGUUCUUUUGAAGCAUGGCAUUAAAUCCAAUGUACCACUCAAAAAGGGACCUACGCCAGUUCACACUGCAGCAAAAAAUGGUCAUUCCAAAGCCGUGGACUUCCUAAUUGCCUGUGGUGCUGAUGUCGAUGUGGUUGAUAAAGACGGUUGGAAUGCGCUGCAUUCAGCUUGUCAGAAUGGUCACGUGGAUGUGGUGGAAACACUGCUCAAGACUGGAAUGGAGGCUGAUACUAGAAUAAACGGCGGUUGUACCCCAUUAAUGAUCGCAGGUUGCCACGGGCAUCCAGAGGUAGUGGAGUUUUUAAUCUGUAAGGGAGCUCACCCAAACAGUUCAGACAAAUUUGGAUGGACAGCCUUGCAUUUCGCUUGUCUCGGAGGUCACUUGACUGUCAUUCGAGAGUUACUUAAAGCAGGAGUCAACGUCAACGCUCGAACCUCACAAGGGACACUUCCUAUUCACAUUGCAGCUCGUUAUGGCCAGGGGGAAGUGGUGAAAUACUUGAUGAGAAAGAACGCCGACAUAAUGGGCACGGAUAAUGACUACUGGAAUAUAUUUCAUUACGCUGCUCAGGGUGGUAAAUUGCCUCAAGUUGUCAUGGAGUCAAUUAUUAGUCAAGGUGUUGACAUAAAUGCACAAUCACUUUUAGGAAUCACUCCGCUCCAUAUUGCAGCGCGGCAUGGUCAUCAAGACGUGUUGCAUUUUCUUUUGUCUCAAAAUUCGGACGUUCUGGCAAAGGACAACCAGGGAUGGACUGCCUUACAUCACGCUUGUAAAGGAGGCCACCUUUCUGUUGUGGACAAACUAUUCCACAAGGGAAUCGAUCCCAACUAUGGAACUUACUCCGGUCUAACCCCUAUUGGAAUUGCGGCACUGCGUGGGAACAAAGAAUGCUUGGAAUACUUACUUUCACAGGGUGGGGACCUGAAUGGCGUGGACAAUGAAGGCGUUACUGUACUUCAUUUCGCCAGCCAAGGGGGUCAAACAGACUUGAUCGAAUCGUUAAUUAAUUGCGGAAUGGAGCCAAACGUCCCAGCCAACAAUGCGCUAGUUCCAAUUCACUCUGCGGCCUUUAAUGGCCAUGCAAGUGCCCUAAACUUCCUCGUUUCAAAAGGAGCUGAUAUUAAUGCUGUCGAUAACCAAGGGUGGAACGUCUUACACUUUGCGUGUCAAAAUGGACAUGUCAUCGCAAUAGAAACAAUUCUAGAGCUAGGUCUAGAUCCCAAUGCAAAAACAAAAGAAGGUAGAACUCCGCUUCACAUUGCAACGAUUCACGACCACCCAGAAGCCGUGCGGUUACUUCUUUCGAAGGGAGCUAAUGAACACGUCCAUGACAAUGACGGCUGGAACGCAUUGCAUACCGCAAGUCAUCAUGGCCAUAUAGCAAUACUGGAGCUUCUCCUCGAACUGGGUGUAGAGGUGGACUGUUUAACCAACGAUAAUUCGACGCCAUUACUUCUGGCUGCCAAAGCUGGUCAAACUGAAGUCAUAAUUUCUCUGUUGUCUCGUGAAGCUAAUCAAGACGCUAGUGACAACAGCGAAUGUAAGGCGAUUCAUCUAGCGAGCCUUGGGGGUUAUGUGAAAGUUGUAGAAACACUUCUCGAGCAUGGAGUGAGCCCUAAUCAGAAAACACAAAAAGGUGUUACUGCAAUGCAUUGUGCGGCAUCAAAAGGUAAUGGUGACAUUAUUAACUGUCUCUUAGAGAGGGGUGCAAACAUGUACGAAGUUGACAACGAAGGUUGGAAUACUUUGCAUUACGCUUGUAAAGGUGGCCACGAAGAAGUAAUUGAAAUGCUUAAGAGGCUUGGCAUGCCUUUAAACUGCCAAGCGGGAGACGGUUCAGUUCCUCUGCACAUCGCCUCCCGCUACAGUCAUCCGGAACUAGUGAACUUUUUACUGACACAUGGAGCUGACAAACAGGCUGUGGAUAAGAAUGGGUGGAACGCCCUUCAUUACUCCGCUAAAGACGGAACAGUGGCUGUUGCCGAUCUCCUUCUCAAACAAGGAGGAGAGAUGAUUGUGAAGCGGACUCACGAUGGAGAUACAGCUAUUGGUAUAGCCGAGAAAGAAGGAAACAGGGAUGUGCAGCAGUUUCUAAAUAGUUUUGUUUCCAACCACUUGACUAUUACAAGCAAUAACGACAGAAAACACGCCUACUGCGUCAUUCUGUAAGCCCUAACGUUAGGUGGAAAUUGCUACUUUUGAAUCGUCUUGAUUUGGGAAAUUCCUCUGGGAAAAUUCCAGAGAACACUCCCAUUAAUUGCUGUUAAUUAAUCAAUGUGGGGAGAAGUUUAUAGGGGAACAAUUAUCACACACAAGGUAUGAAUCUGAGAAAAGUAACAGAGCUUUGCCGAUUGUUAAACAAAAACCAAAAACAAAGCCAUGUAUGAGCCCCGAAAAUCCACAGUUAGGAAGGAAAAAGGAUUUUACCUUGUUUUUUGUCUAACCCAGUAUUCAGAUCAAGAUUGUUUGAUCUCUUUGGACGAGUAGAAGCAGAAACCAAGAGGCUAUUAACAAAUUUAAUACCUCCUCUAUUGUACUUGUUCGUCUCUAUUUCUCUUUAAGGACCUAGAAAUUAAGGCGCGGAUUCUGGGAUCCCCCAGAUUUCAGUCGUCAUGGCAACACUGGAAAAUGAAGGGCAAUUGAUCGUCAAACUGAAUAGAGAGAUGCUAGAAGUUUAACCUGAACUUUGCAAAAUUACAUGAUUCUUUUAAUUCAGCACUAAGAUAGAAAGUAAAACUUUUAUUCAAUUCUAUCUUUAUUUUAUUCUAACAUAUAAAAAUGGGACUCCACACUUGAAGAUGAUUUGUCAUGAAAGGCGUACAAUGUUAACAUAACUCGUCUGGGACAAACAAUCGCCAUAUUGGAACGAUACCAAUUGCCAUGCAUGCUUCAAGGGAAAAACGUGAUUUUUGGUUGAUAUUGCGGAAACUCUUUCGGAACUUUCCAAUUCAGUUUGGAAGAAUAAAUGGAAUAGUGCAAUAGUUUGAAGAUUUCAUUUGAAUGGCCACGCCACGGGAUUCUUUCCACAGGCUUUAAAGGUGCUACUUUACAUUUCUAGUCCAUAAUUAUCUUUGGAAAGAAUUCGAAAUCAAAAGGGCGCUUUCCAUUUUGCUGGCACUUUCUAUUUUGAAAUAAAAUUAAUGAACUAUUAAUUUACCACAAGUCUAGUUCAAAGAUAAAGAUAGCUAUAUGGUUCUCAAUUUUAAUGGGUGAAAUACUGGUAGCUAGCGCUUUUGCCAAUGCCCUUGAGUUGCCUCCUUAGUGAAGGCGCACUUUGAUCGACGUUUAACUCUUCAAAACCUAAGAGUGAUCAGCAUCAAAUUUCUCCUUAUAAAAUCAAUGCUUUGUAAAACAGAGUGGUCACGAGAAUUUCGGACAUGAUCACACAAGAUGAAUUUGCUUAACAUUUAAUCACCUUCUCUCCACUACUUCUGUAGAAAAUGAAAGGGGCAACAAAUGAGAAUUCAAAUUUUGAUCUUAGGGUUUAAAGGGUUAAGGGGGGAGGGGGGAGUGAAUCAUAUACGAAAAAGCUGAACCUUACUCCCCUUAUUGUCAUUCAGAAAGUAUCCCUUGACUAAGGAGGGCAUGCGUCUUCUUUUGAGAUCAGAGUAAUGUAAAAAUUGGAGGGCUAUAUAUUAUCAAUAGGCCAGUUUGCGAAAUUUGAAUGACCUAAACUUAAUACAAAUCGAUCUUUCAAUUAAGAUUAGAAUCAAUCCAAACUUGAAAAGUGGAGAAGAGAGGCAACCCGAGGGCCACUUACAGUUUAAUUAUCAUAUAUUAGGCUUCUGAAAACAAGGAAAAAAAAGCUUUUUCAAAUACGUUUGAUUAAAUCAAAUACUUUACUGUAACAUUUGUAAAACCGUUAGUAUAGCGUAUACCAGGAGCCUGCGUAUACACAAAAUAGGUUAAUAACAGUUUGCAGUCUGUUUCUAGAUUUUGCCUUAUCUACGUUGGUUUAUUUGAAAAAAUAACUCAAAGAUCCUUACUUCUUACUUCAAACAAUUGUUGCAAGUUUUCAGCAUAAAAUUAUAUGGCAUGCACAUAGUUCCUGACUGGCAUCUUUUUGAUUAUCAAUAUUGUUAUUAAUAGAUUAUCGGAUAAAAACUGCUUAUGGCGGAGCUUCAGGCGCGCGCGAACCGCGCACUAGCGUAGCCCCAAGAAAAUUUGCUGGCCACACUUUCUAGCACCAGGUGUGGGAGCCUUCAGAUUGACAUUGCGCAUCCAUGUUAUCGUCAAUUGGUAGCUGUCAAAACAGGGUAUUUACUGACCAGUAUCACAUGACCGUACUGCUGGCGCAGGUGUAAACCCAUAGAGAUCACGUGUUUUUAAGUUUUCCACUGACCAGUUACUAGUUUUCAACUAAUCUUGGGCUAAAGUUCCAUUUUUUCAACGUUGAAAUCCUUAGAGACCCGUUUCUUGGAAGUCCCAAUAAUUACCGGGUCUGGAAAGCUCUUUUAUUCAAGACCGAUUUCUUUGCAGUGGUUAUAAGUCCCAUUACUCUCUCUUUAUGUCUCGCUUUUAGCCCUGGAUAAAUCUGUAUAUUUUAGAGUUCUAUAAGUUAAGUUUAGUGAUCAAUCCAAUUCUAGUACACCCCAAACUUGUUCGUGGCAUUCAAACACAAUCGCCCCUUAUCUCAUAUCCGGGGAAUUUAAGGCAGAAUUACCAUUCACUUUAGCUGCUGUCUAGUUAUUACUUAGAAACAUUUUGGCAAGGUCUCGAUUAAUACUGUUGUUAUGGUAACGAAUUAUGAUUUCAGAGCUGGCAUGGGAAUAAGUCUUUUUUGGCAAAAUUGCCCGUUUUCUAGUUUAACUCCGAGGUCCCAUCUCAAAAGGCCUAAUCGCUGAGAUGAUUUAACGCGCUCGCAGUUUGAUAAAGUUCCCACCGCAGUUUUUUUCCCCUCUGAGUCUGGUGCUUCCCUAAGGCCUCACUGUGAACCACCCGAAUUCAAAACGACACUCUCCCUAUGACCAGACACAGCCUCGCAGCUGAGCGCAUCGGUGCAAGGCACCCUUUCGUUAGCCAAUGAGCAUGAAACAUGUAGAGGAGAUGGCUUGACAAACUUAAAUCUGACAGAUGGUCAUUAAAUAUUCCUCAGAGACUUACUAACAGUACCACGCUUUUGCAGCACCCAUCCCCCACACCCCCUCCCAACAAGGAAUUGGCCUGGAGGCCUGUGCACACUCCAUGAGAUCUUAGCUCAGGGUGUGAGCUAGACGAGGAAGAGACCGACCAAGAUGGCAAACCCUCCGUGAGUUUCUUCUUUGUGUCUGUUGACAAUCCUUGCUUUUCGUCAAGAGCCAAUAAGUUUUUCGUACCUCACCGACGCGCGAGAGAAGCAUAAGCGCCUUACGUACUUCACUCGUAGCCAAGUAUUUCGAGAAGAAAAACGACGGGUUAAAGAUGGGUUAAAUUAAAUACCGACAGGGACAUAGGCUAUUCCUCAAAAAGCGAAACGACCUGCUAAAUUAAGUAUUUAUUAUUCUUUGUUUCAGAAAAUAUUUAUUAUCCUUUUUUCCCUGCCCAUCUUGUAAUAGGUGAAGCUAAUGAAACAAAUAAAAUAAGUUACCGUAUUUGAAAUUCAGACGAGGGACAUUCCUACACCCCUCCCCCUUAAAGGGGCUCAGUAACGUAUCGCGAUGUUCCCAUCAGUCGUUAACUAAGAUAAACUAUGCUAAAACUGGCUUAUUUGCAACAUGAUAUCCAAAAGAUACUGUGGGGAAUUUUAUCCGUCUCAGAGCUACUUCUCAGCUAUCAGUUAAUUCUGCGUUCAAUUCGCUGGCUGAUAAAAUUUUGGCCGAUUCUCAACUCCUGUAUUAAUAGGCUCCUGGUAUUAGUUAACCCAUUUACAGCCUCUUAUCGGGUAAGUCUAGGAAGUUUGAAAUUAAGGACAGUGGUCUAAUUUGUCCAAUUCACUGUUGAGGACCUCUCAAGAGAGGGAUUAAGUGCCUUCCACUAACGAUUGUUGGUUGCUUUCUCUCCCAGCAAAUUCUACUGUUUAUAGCUAAACAAUAAAAGUUAAGUGACGUCACUAGGGGAGAAAGAUAGGGCAGUGGAAAGAACACACACAUGCUUUUAAUUUACAUAUAGGAAGCUCCAGUUUUUCUCCCUUCAUCUCCAUAACAGUAGAAACAAAUAGAUAAAUGAAAAAAGAUAAAACAUUGAGAUCCUUUCUAAUUUCAAAUCGAUGUUAAGAGCAUUUCGUAAUGAGUAGAUAUGAUCAACCGCCCUCAAGUGACUGUGGGUAAACGGAUAACCGUUGUUGCUGCAUUAUUUACAUUUUUGUUUCUGAGUUGUAAAAAAUGCCUUUUGCAUUAUCUUUAUAAUAAUUUACCUCCGUCCAAUCUAAUCGUUUUAGUAAACGGAACACUUUCUGGAGUUUAUAUUAAUCAGUUAUUCAUUGGUAUGGCAUAAAUACCAGGUUAAUUUCUAACUAUUCUUGACUUUAUAGGGAAAAUGCCAGCCAAUGUGAACACGGGACAUGCACUAAAAAUAGAGUUAAAAUUUUAGCAUCUUGUAUCGAAAUUGGUGCUUUUGUUUUGCAAGGGGAGCUAUAGAUAAAAUCGCAAAGAAAAGAAAAAAGCCCUUGAAACGUAUCAACUUUAUUAAAAGCACCUUUUUUUAUCAAUUGACACAACUUAAAUACGGCAUAAAAUACUAUAAGGUUUUUAUAGUUUCUGUUUUUUAUUCUGUUUUUGUUUUUAUAUGUUUUGAUUUUUGUUUUGUUUUAGUUGUUGUUGCUGUUGUUUGUUUGCUUUUAUUUGUCUUUAAAAAAAGAGGGGUUGUAAGUCCACUUCAUAAUAGUCCAAAAUAGGGUGACUUGGUUUAUAAUUCACAAAAUAUCCCAAUAUAUGUUUGUGUUCUUGACAAUAUUUUGGAGUACAAUUUGACAACUUCAAGAGACAGUGUUUCCGACAUCAAAGACGUUCCAUGAAGUAUCUUUAAAAAAUCACAUUUGUUAUUCGCUUUUUCCUGCUCGUCUUGCUUUACAACCACCUGUCAGUUAUACGUCAAAUACUUGGCAAUGAGGACGCGUCUGCUUGUAGAAAUAAUUAAAAACCCGCUGUUGCAAGUGAGUUUUAUUCGACAUUAGCGUUCUUUCAAAGGAUCUUUAAUUUUGCUGUGAAAAUAGGUAAGAAUGACUUGGAAUAUGUUUAAAGGGUGCUAAUUAUGCAAAAAAAAUUGACUCUACUUUUCCUUUCCCUCGCUAACUGAGGUAUGAUGUAUUUAGAAACUGUUUAGAUGAAGACUUUUAAUAAUAACGGUGGUUAAAAUAUCACUAAGGUGAUUAAAUUUUUAGUUGAAGUUUUCUUUAUCUAACGCUUCAAAUAUCAGUAGAGGAUCUAUAAACAAUAAUUAGAAGUUAUUACGAAUCGUAGACAAAUCACUCAGGGAAUUGCUUGCCGUUGUUGUUAGAAUAUUCUCACCUAUUUUCAUGGCAUUAAUUUUUCUAUACUUCUUUUAAUUUUAUUUCGCCAGUUUUUUCUAGGUUGUAUUUUGUGGUUCAGUUUUUGUACACCUCCCACGAUUCAAGAUUUUGGUAAAGAAUUUUCAUGGAUGUGUUUCAGCACAGCCUUGAAGAAAUAAAUCUAACCAGUUUUUGAGCGAUUAACAUAAAUAUCAAUAACCAUAAUAAUUCCUUUUCUUAGCACAUGUAUUAUGAUAAUACAUGUGAAAUCGCAUUAUCGAGUGGACAAACGCAAUAAAUUGGCGAAGACGGAUUUUUCAAUGACAGCAACUGCUUUUCAAGCGUUAAUUCAUUCUUCUGCUAUAGUCAAACUAGCAAUUUUCUUAUUUUAGUUUGCUCACAGUUGCAAAAACGGCAAGUAAGAUGUUAAUUAUUUAAGAGGAAAGCUGUUUUGUCGUGGAUGGUACAACUUUGCGCCUGUAUAAACCAUACCGUAUGUGAAGGGGGAUUUCUCCAUAUUCUACAAAAGCUUUUAUCUUGCGAGUUUGAAACCGACAAAGGUAUUGCUGUGAAAAUAGCAUUUCUCUUUCAUAAAAUUGCUCUACCACAACCUCACUUUCAGCAAAGAAAUGAUUAAUUUUACAAAAUGAAAUAAAAAGGAAAAUGAAUUUAAAAAGCCAAACAAAUUGCACAGUUGCUAAUUACACUUCCUGUAGCUUUAGUUGGUUUAUUCUUGCUAGUUAUAAUUAAGGCUUCUUCACGCAAACCUGGUUGACCGCGCUAGCCAGGUUACCGGGACCAAUUUCGCCUUGGGUUCUCAUGAGAAACUCAUGAGACGAUACCAUCCGAACGGCCAGAAUUCAUCCCGCUUUCAUCCCGGUAAUCGAGGGUUGAACUGUUCGUAUGGCAAAAUUUCCAGCCAGCUCUACAGAGAUCGAGAGAUCGUGGUUGGAAAAAACGAGUUCUCGGGAACCGAGCCAGUCCCCCCCCCCCAUAUGAACACAUCAAAAAUUUUACAAAGGAUUCAGAGGUAAAGCGAGAUCUCGGAAACAGGGAAGCCCGGUCAACCGGACUGUGACACUGGGGCGGUUGGUUUAUCAAAGUAAGCUGUUCAGUGGAUAAUGCCGGUCACGUAACUUGUAACAAAUCUCACAAAGGAAUGAAAGAAAAGAUAGAAGAAGAGUGAUACAUCAUAUGUAAAUGUCUAUUAUAACAUAGCUAGAAAAUUCCUCUAAUCAAAUUCAAAAGCGCGAGCGUGCUUCAUGAUUGAGCACGCUGAUGACAUCAAUAACUUAGCAAUCCUGAGUCUCCUGAGUGCAUCCAUAACUCGGCAGUACACGAUAAAGCGUUUACCAUGUGUUUUAUAAGGAAAUUUCAGAAAUUUAAGAGGAAACGUUCGAAUUUGUGAACCGAUAGUAAGGAUAGGUGAAUGUUGUUGUUGUUGUUGUUGUCAUCUCCACGAGCUGUGCGGGCUAUGGCGUGAGAUCAUUCUUUGCAAAGUUGUUUUCUCUCAAUAACAAUUUUUCGGUGAAUUAAUAGUUUUCCGGCACCUAAAUAUGGAUUUUGCAAUCAUUUUAGAAUACACUUUCUCUCAGUUUCAGGAUAAAAACAUAAGCUUAACUGUGAGGAAAAAAAAUAUACUCACAAACAUUGGCGCUUACUGCUUUGAGCGCGCCCUACAAUAAUAAAAUUUAAGUUAACUGAUGCAUUGAUCGCUUUGAUAAGUUGCACUCGGCUGCGCCUCUUUCGUGCUCUCCAAACUUCCCGCGUGCUCAAUAUCUCGACAUACGCACGCUGACGCAUGAACUAAUUGUUAAUUAAUAUAAUGCACUUGGGAAGGAUUUGCUAAAUACGUUGGCCCAUUGCACCAAACUUAAUCACACAGGUGUUUCUUGUACGGUUAUGUUUAUUCCAAAAACAUGAUGUAUUAAAUUAGAAACUUGCCGGCUAACGGUGCACCGAUACAGUGAAAAUGGGAGAGGAAUCAAACAACGUGUUGCAGUCAAAGGCUAAACACGAGUCAUAAGCUCAGCUCGUGAUAAUGUGAAACGUGACCUUAGAGUUUGCUUCAACAAAGAGAGGUUUUUUUUCUAUUCUCUCUAGUGCGUAGGUCAGUACACUAGCAUUCUAAACUGGCCUUGACUGAGUAAAUCUUAUUUUUGCCCCACUAAGUCUUAAAACUAUAACCCUCUCUCCCCGCCCCUAGAUAUACUCCUCCUUUUUUUCCUUCCUCCCAAUCUCCUAACCCUUUUUACGCCUGAUGUCUUUUUUCUUACUCUCAGAUCACAGCUGGUAAAUACAAUGUCCACAGAACAAACGAUAGAUUCAAAUCAUGACAGCGCCGAGGUUUGCAUUAGGCGUCUCUCAAGAAAACUGUCGGAAGUGGAAAUUGUGAUGGCAACACAGGAGGGUAAAGCAAAUCAGAUGAAAAAGGAGAGAGAUGCAGAGAAGAGUGAAAACGAACAGCUAAAAAAGGAAGUGAGAAGGCUGAAUAAUGAGCUUCUAAAAGAAAAAACGAUUUCGGCUGCAUUGAUAAAAAAGAAUUGUAAAGAGGAAAACGAUAAGGAGAUCACAGAUGGAAAACAAGAGAAAGGUAAUUUAUUGCGAAGAGUAAUUUACUACAAUCCCUAACAGUACUUGAGAAUGUUUGUUUUCAUUAUUUUCCCUCUACCAUACGCAACAAGGCUAUUUCCAAAUCAAUGACUUUGCGUAAGGAAAACGCCCUCCCUCAUUUCAACGUUGCUUUAUACAAACGCCGAGGCAUCUGGCUUUCUUUUGAAGACAAACAACACUCCUAGUGAAAAACACUUUUAACAGUUUCGAUGUCUAUAGUAUUGCUCUUUUAUUGGUAAGCCUGGGCCUAGAUGUUAGCAGAAAAACGAGAGUUUAAGCUGUCGUGGUAACUAAACUUAACCCUCGGGCGCACACGCAAAGUCGUAGCCCCUACCGUGGUACAAGGGGAGGGUUGAUGGAACUCCUCCCUAGAGUUUUUGAUACGUUGAAAUAUUUCAAAAAGAUUUUACCUCUAGUGGAAAGCCUUUAAUUUUCUGGACAAGAUGAGGUAUAUUUUAUGGGUGGUGCCAAGGCUGAAGGCCUGUGACGUCACUAAACAUGGUCGCCAUCUUGGAUUUUACCAAGAUUUAGAAAUCAGAUAAAAACAGCGAGAAUUGGCAAUCUUUUUUUUUAUUAUUUUUUGUGCCUGACAUGUGAAAUAAAACAUAAAUAAGUGCUUUGCUUCAUUUUAUCCACAAACUAUAUUUUGAAGUCAUAUCUCGUAACCAUAGAAACUGAUCAUAACUUGUCUCAAAAUGCGUGUGAGAGAUGAACAAACGGCUACUGAAAACGUCAGGUGCUAAUGUCUAAUCGUCUAGCUAACAACUCCGAAAAAACCUCUUCCGAGGGUUAAAUUUGCUUCCGAUCUCCGAGCGUCUUCGAAUAGCUUGGCCCAAGCCAAGACAUGUAUAUUCAUUUCCAGCUGUGACACAAGCACUAGCUAGAGACCCUACGGGUUAUGGCAGGCAAAUAUGUUCUCCAUGCCAGUGUCAGUUGGUGUUCCAAACAAAUCUUUUGGAAGUUGAACAUUAUUUUUUUUAAUGUAAAAACUAUCUUUUGACCAAACGCAUCUGCAUCACGGAUGCUGGCCACGAGAAAACACUCUAUACCGAAACGGAUUGUAACUUGAAGCCUCUACUUGUAACGACGACUGAGCUACGACAACUGUAAUAACAUGGCUUGCACAUAAAAAUGGAUUAAGCCCUGGGUCCAGUUAUUGUCGAUGAAUAAAUUUCUGUAGCCAAAUAUAUAUUUUUGAGUAAGAUCUACAAUAAAAAUCUUCAGUACUUUAGUUAGCCUCGAUCAUCUUCAGGUGAGACAAAUUGUUCCUUUCUGAUAUCUUGAUAGAUCAGGAAGUUUCCCGUGGUGGACUUCUAUGCAUUGAAAAGAGAUCUGACUGGGGAUGCUCGUCGUUUCGCUUAGGGGUAGAAAGUACAGAUUUUGGUAUUACUUAGGGUGCUCAGGACCUGAUUAAUUGCCAAUUUUUUUAGACAUAAAGGCAUUACUUAGGGCUGUAAGUAGCGAAAUAUCCACAUAAACAUUGUCAAAUAUUGUCACACUGGGUUGGAGUAGGGUCUCCUUUUAAGAUCAGAUAAAGGCUUAAACCACGCCCAAAUUAGUCUCGCUCCUUUAAGGGUAUUAGCGAGCAUCUCAACCACCUUUACUUGGGAGUACCACCCUCCCCUCGCGGAAAGAAGGUUGGAGGCUUACGCAGUUUUUUGCCUAAUCAGGUGAAGACGAUUUUGUGCCUUCCCAGACACGUAGAGGAAGUUUACCUGUUUCAUCACUGUGGAAACCAUUUCAGCGAAGAGGCUUCCAAGACUUCCCUAAAGAUCUGAGAAAGUUGCUGGACAGACGAAGCAACGAGUUACUUCAGCAAAAGCAGCAGUACCGGAUAUUUGAACACAGGUUUAAACAACAGGCUGAUAGAUGCAUUAAAAUGGAUAGCGACUUGGAACGCCUCGACCAACUGCUGGUCGAAUUACUUGGGCUGCACGCAAAGUGUCAUGGCUGUUCUAUUUUUCAGCACAAUAAGAUCGUUAUCUUAGGAAAGAAAAUAGAACUCCAUUGCACAAAGUUGAUUAUGUCCUGUAUUGCAAUGGUUCUAGUGGUGUUAUAUAUUUUCUUUUCAUAG